UUUGUCUCUGGAGGUAUCUCGUCCAGUGCAGCAGAUUAAAUUAUUAUGGACGUAUUUUAUCUGUUUUGUACUCAGUGUUGAAUUGCAGCGAGGUGAAACCGUUGACAAUACCAGUUUUCAGCUAGGCUCGCUUAGUGUAAACUUGUUAACAGACAGGCAAUGAAGUUUCUCGGAGCGAGAAUGCCCCGAAUGUGAGGAAGGGUAACUUGUCAUGCAAUGGCGAAAUGUCGCACAUUGCACAAGGACGUCUUCAAACUCUGCAAGUUUACAAACUCUUCCAGUUUGUCAGGCAGCGGGAGAAAGCCGAGAUAGAAAAGUUGAUUGUUUUGGGAGUCCCGCACUUGGUGAAUUUGAGUGAGCCGAGCCAAGGGGAGUUCGCUUUGCACGUGGCUGCCCUCGCUAACGAUGUUGAAAUAUGCAAACUACUGCUGUCGCUUGGGGCUGAACCAGACGUGGUGGAUCUGAAUGGCAGGACGCCGGCCAUGAUUGCCGCCGAGGCCGGGCAUGACUUUACGAUGGAGGUACUGGCGGAGGCAAACGCAGACAUGACAAUUGUAGACAAGGACGGGAAAGGUAUUCUGUAUUACUGCAUCACUUCUUCUCUCCGUCAUCUUCAUUGUUUGGAAAUUGCCCUCGCACAUGGAGCUGAUGUUAACAACUGUUCAAAGGAGGGGAAGCCAGUCUUCUUGCUCGCAUGUGAACAGGCUGCAGCAUGCUCCGAAAUGUGUCUACAGAUACUAGAGAGGGGCGCUGAUCCAAAUUCUAAACUUGAGGCAACGGGCCAUACAGCGUUAAUGGAAGCAUCCAGAGAAGGUGCCGUUGACGUUGUGCGCGCUAUCCUGGAGAAAGGCUGCGAGGUUAAUCUUCUACAAAAGGAUCGGUACAAUGCUGCACAUUUUGCUGCCCAGGGGGGAUUCCUUGAGGUCCUUCGAGCUUUAGUUGCUUAUGACUGCGAUAUCAAUGUUAUCAACAUGGAUGGAAACUCUCCUUUACACCUUGCAGCAAUGGGAGGAUUUGCUGACUGUGCCAAGUUUCUGGCACAACGAGGGAGCAAUCCCAAAGUAAAAAAUUUACAGUUAAAAACUCCUAGGGCUGCAGGCAAAGCACUUGGCUUUAAAGCUGUGUCGAAAGAGCUACGCAAGGCAGAACGACUCUACAAUAAGUAUUCCAAACCCGGUGUGAAAAAUCCAAGUCCACCCUGGGCCAUCCAUUUCUAUGACUGGUCUCUGUACCAUGAAAAUACUCUCCGGAAUGUUUUUGCAACAAUGGACAGAGGGGAUGGCACGCUUACCCGAGAGGAUUUCGCUGCAAUUUUGCUGGAAAGGAAUGCACCAAUAAAUGAAGAGAAUGUCAGUACAUUAAUAGCAGCACUUGACAAAUCUCGUACUGGAAUUAUUGAUGUCAAUGAAUUCUUCCAAGGUACUAAAUACCUUGAAAAGAUUUACCUUAUGUCUUCAUAUGAACCAAAGAAGAAAAAGGGAAAGAAAGGCAGAAAAGGCAAGAAAGGCAAGCUGAAUAUACCAAUACCAAUCUGCACAGUUCCAGAAGAAUAUAUGAUUCGACGUGAAGAUGGAGGUCCACCAGAAUUUAUGAUAGAACUAUUUAAGAAUUUCACUGACACAAAUCGAUUUACCCGUGAUAAGCCACCAGAACAUCCACUGCAGGAUGAUUCUUCAUGGUACUUAGAAAAACCAGAGAAAGUGUUCACGAGCAUUAACUAUGCAGCAAAAGCUGAUGAUAUGCAGUCUUUAAAGAAAGCAUUUUAUCUGGGAAUACCAGUCAAUGUGCAGGACAAAUAUUUUACAACACCACUUAUGGCAGCGUGUGCAGAUGGCAAUUUUACACUUGCCAAGUACCUUGUGGAAGCAAAGGCUAAUGUAAAUGCAUACGACAAUUUAAUGUGGACACCCCUUCACCAUGCAUGCCAUGCAGGACAGCUGGACAUCGUGGAACUGCUAGUGAAGGCUGGUGCAUCAGUAAAUGCAGUCUCCAUCAAUGGAGCCACACCUUUAAUGAGGGCAAUAGAAAGCUGCAGACUGGAUUGUGUGAAAUAUUUGAUUAGCCAAGGUGCAAAUGUUGAACUGGAGAACUCUAAAGGGCAAAAUGCUUUGGAUAUUGCAAAUGCCUAUGCUGACUUAAGGAUAAUUGAAGUGGUCAAAGCCAAGGUGGAUAGUCUUCCAAAGAAGGAGAAGCCAAAAGGCAAAGGAGGAAAAGGAGCAAAAGGGGAAAGUGCAGCUUCUUCAAGGCCUCAGACCACUGCAGCUUUGGGUGGAGAAACGGUUUCAAUACAGCAUCCCACAGCAAGAACCCCAAAGAGUGAAACCCACAGGGAGAGCAUAGCACAUAAAAGUGAAAUGUUAAAUAGUGGAGUGGCCAAGAAAGUGGACAUAACCUUUGUACCAAAAAGUAUAUGGUCUAAUCCACCAACAACUGAAGAACUAAUUCAGAAGAGAGUUGAAAACCGGGAGAGGUUCACCUAUGAAGUCGAUUUUAGUGACUUCCUAAUGCCUUUCAAAAAAAAUAUCAGAACAAGACUGGAAGAUUUGUAAAAUACAGGUGGCAGGUACUGAGAAUAAUGCACAAAGCAGCUGUAGAAUUUAUAACCUCACAGAAAAUUGUGAAUUAAAGGCAGGUGCAACAGAAAUAUUUUGAUUGGAAGGACUAUUAAAUACACAUAAAAAUGUAUGUGAAUAUGUAUUUUGAGAAAAGAUUGGAAGGUGUUUAAAACUUUAAAAAAUGUGAUCUAUUUUAUUUUGUAAAGUCAAUUUCUACAACAUUUCAUCUAUCUUAUUGAAUAUCUGUUCUAAGUAUGUAAUGUCUGCAUUGUUGAACUUGGUCAGUUUGUAUCUUAAAGUAAUAAAAUGGUGAA